UGAUCGGUUCUUUUUUCAGAAAAAACCUUUCAGCAAAUUUAUUUCUUGCUCUCUCUCUCUUUCUCUUAAGUUAAAAGAAAAAAAAAGUUAUUAUUGUUUAUUUAAUAAAGAAAGAAAUUAUAUUGUCUUUGUUUAGUAGUUUUUUUAUUUGAAAUAUUCAUUUGUAAAAUGUCACCUUCGCGACAACAAACUACUCGUAACGAAGCAACAAAAGAAACUUAUGAUAAUAUGGAUUCUGGAGAACAACAAAAAAAUUUAUCAACCCCUCGAAGUACAACAACGUUUUCCACUAAUACCUCAAGUUCGCGUACAACAACAAUGACUUCUCAGGAACAACAAAAAAGACAAGAACAGCAACAACUUGAUAAAGAAGCAACAACAACAACAGUAAGUGCUCAACAACAACAACAACAAACAGCAGGAAAUUAUUAUAAUUUCGAUAUUAAUGCAUUGGUACAAAGUGCAUUAGCUCAAGCAAAAGUUGAUCCGGAAGUAGUUAGAGCAGCUGCUCAGUUAUUUGUUUUAGCAAAUCAAGCUAGAAAUCAUGGAUAUUUAGUCGACGCAAAUUCAAAUGUCGUAGAUGUUACUGCUGCUAAUCGUUCUAGUGCUAUGUCUUUAUCUAAUUUACUUCUACCUGAUGAAGCUAAUUCUUCUUCAAAAGCAACGUAGAAUGAUGCUUCGUCGUUGCAAGAUGAUGGAGUUCAUGAUCAUUUAAGAGAGGAGUUUGUCAAAUUAUGAAUUGGUGCUAAAAUGACCUCUUUGGUUCUUUUAUGCGUUAUUUUUUAAAAAAAAUACGAAUGGUUGAGUUGAUUGUGUAUUCAAAGAUUUUUUAUUUGUGUAUUAACAUUAAUUAUUUGCAAUUUUUCUUUUUUUUGCCUUUGUUAAGAUUUAACAUCGCUUGUUUAAUUUAUCUUCAUUUAUAAUGAUAACGAAACAAGAGAUUGGAUUAUUUUAUUUGAGACGUUUGAUUGUUUUCUUUAAAAAAUUCUUUAAAAAUUCUUUAUAAUUCUUUUGUUAAAAA